UUACGAUCCUGAUUAUGUGAUAACAAAUCUGACAAACAUUGAACGAUUAGCUGAUAUUCACUAUACCGAUGAUGACAAAAAAAAGAAAAAAUCCAAAUCUAAGAAAGAAUCUAAAAUAGGAAAAAAAGAAAAAAAACAAACUAAAUAUCAAAAUUUCGUUCAGGAUAAUUUUCAUAAUUUGAAAGAAAAAUACGAAACCAAUGGUGAAACUUUGAAGGCUAUUGCUGAAAUGUGGAAAACCAGUUCAGAAAAUCCAAAAAAUGGAUUAGGUUUUAUUGAAAAUAUUGAAAAUAUAAAUUAA